AUGAACCCAAAUGAAAAUUCUUCUAGUUCAAGUGAUGAAUUCUUUGAUGACUAUGUCAACAACAUCAUCGCUGUGAACGAGUGUCUAGAUGAAGAAGAAGAUUACAUAAUCGAGCAAGCUGCUCAAAUGAUUGUUAUCCCAGUUGCAGAAGAAUCCAGCAACAGAAGAAGGUCUUACAAGAAGCUUAAGUACAUUGAUAGAGAUCGUGAAGCUGCAAACACAAGAUUAAUGAACGAUUACUUUGUUGAUCGUCCGUCUCUAUUCAUUCGAGUUGUGGAGGCAGUUACUGCUAAACAACAUAAAUACUUCGAGCAACGUCAAGAUGCUACUGGGAAAUUAGGAGCCACUCCUAUCCAGAAAUGCACAACAGCAUUGAGGAUGCUAGCCUACGGGGUAGCAGCUGAUUCAAUUGAUGAGUACAUCAAAAUUGCUUAG